AUGAGGACAAUCAUCAACUUAAAGUUUCUGAACAGGUGGGUGACGUACUACAGGUUCAAGAUGGAGUCAAUAAAAUCCUCCACUCCUCUGAUCCCUCCAGGUGCUCACCUUUGCACAUUGGACCUCAAGGAUGCGUAUUACCACAUCCCCAUACAUCCCCAACACCAUCAGUACUUAAGGUUUGCGGUCAGGUACGGAAAGGAGACCUCUCACUACCAGUUCCAGUGCCUGCCGUUCGGUAUCUCAUCUGCCCCCCGCCUAUUCACAAAGGUAGUAUCCGAAAUGAUGGCCUUCCUUCGCCAGAAUACAAUUACAAUCGUGCCCUACCUGGACGACUUCUUGCUGAUAGCAGACUCGGUUCAAAAAUUGAUGGGGGACAUCCACCAAACCGUAGCCCUAUUCAAGGACUUGGGGUGGAUCGUGAACUACCCGAAAUCCGACUUGAUACCGGACACAAGAAAGGAAUUCCUAGGCACUCUCCUGGAUACAAGAAUACAACACUCAUUUCUUCCAGAGAGAAAACAGACCAAUCUGAGACAAAAGAUAGAGUUGUUCAAAAAGAGGAAAAACCCACUCGAUCAGGGAAGCCAUGCAGAUCCUGGGUCUGAUGACCUCCUGCAUCUCAAUAGUACCCUGGGCCCAAUUCCACUCCAGGACCCUCCAGAAUGCAGUUUUGACAGCUUGGAACAGAGACCACCGUUCUCUAAACUCCAGGAUGAAAAUAUCGGGAAAAGUGAUAAAAUCCCUGUCCUGGUGGACAGAACCAGGGAAUCUGGAGAAAGGAGUCCCGUGGAAUUUGACUCCAGCCAUAACCGUCACCACGGACGCGAGUCUGAAUGGCUGGGGGGGGCACGUGGACCAGCAUCUCUUCCAGGGUUCCUGGGUCCUUCAAGACAGGAUAAGAUCCUCAAACUACCGGGAACUGAAGGCAGUGCUGAAGACUCUGACAGCAGCCAAACAUCUCCUCAAGGAUCAACAUGUCAGGAUCCUAUCCGACAACAUUACUACGGUAUGUUAUCUAAAAAGACAGGGCGGUACCAGAUGCCCGCUCCUUCAGGAUCUAGCAGAUCAAAUCUUCAUAUGGGCAGAAAGGGAGGUUCGGUCCAUUUCAGCAACCCAUCUAAAGGGGUCUCAGAACUCGAGAGCCGACUUCCUAAGCCGUCACAGGAUAGACGCGGGAGAAUGGAAUCUGAACAAACAGGUCUUCAGACAGGUCUGCCAGCUAUGGGGUUAUCCAGAAAUAGACCUCUUCGCAUCCAGGGGGAAUUCUCAACUGGACUGUUUUUACUCACUAAACCCCAGCGAAAACCCAGUGGCAGUAGACGCCUUAGCCCAGAAUUGGGACAUGAAACUGGCCUACGCUUUUCCUCCUUUUCCCCUAAUCCCGGCAGUCCUAAAGAAGAUGAGGACCAGUACCACCACUCUAAUCCUGGUCGCACCAGACUGGUCCAAGAGAGCUUGGUAUCCCAUCUUGAGGGAAAUGUCGAUCAAAGACCCGUACCCCCUUCCAGACAGGAAAGAUCUGUUAACGCAGGGACCUCUGGAGCAUCCCAAUCUCAACAAGCUGAGACUGACUGCUUGGAUCCUGAGAGGCAAACCCUGAGGAAGAAGGGUCUCUCCAAUCAGGAGGAGCGGUUCCACUGUCUUGAUGUAAGAAGAACGGUCCUCGCCUACAUCAAGCGGACAAAAUCCUGGAGAAAGUCAGCGAACCUCCUCAUCCAAUUCGGUGGUAGGAACAAGGGAAGCAAAGCCUCUAAAACCUCUUUAGCCCGCUGGAUCAAGGAGACCAUCAGGGAGUGUUAUAGACUGCAGAGUUCAUCCUGCCCCAUAACGUUGAGGGCUCAUUCCACCAGAGCCAUGUCCGCAACCUGGGCGGAGAAGGCUGGAGCUUCCAUCGACCAGAUCUGCAGAGCGGCAACCUGGUCCUCCUCCACUACCUUCGUCAGACACUACAGACUGGACUCUAUGGCCAAUCAGGACUUGGCUUUUGGCCGUAAGGUCCUACAAGCAGUGGUCCCCCCCUAAAUGGCGUUCUAAGUUGUUAGUUCUCCAUGGGUGCUGUCAUGGAGGACGUCCUGGAAACAUAUGUUUAGUUUACCGGUAAACUGCUUUCCAGGAGUCCGGAAUGACAGCACCCAAUACUACCCCCCCAUUUUCUGUU